AUGCGCCCAAGGAUAGCCGUGGAUGUCGUUCAUUUAAAAUCUAAGUACAAAGGUGUUAUGUUUGUAGCAAAUACAUUCGAUGGUAAUCAAAAUAUAUAUCCUCUUACUUUUGGGAUCGGUGAUUUGGAGACGGAUGCAUCAUGGCAUUGGUUUUUCACUAAACUUCAUGAAGCCAUUGGUGAGUAUCCCAAUCUUGUUACCAUUUCUGAUCGCAAUGUUAGCAUAGAGAAUUUGUGGAACAAAGUUUUCCCAACAGCGCAAGGGGAACAUGAAACGCACUUGCAAAUCAAGAGAAAGGAACAUGUUGCUCAAUAUCUUGAACAGGCAGAGUUACAUAAGUGGUCUAGAGCUCACAUGGAUGGACGCCGCUACAAUGUAAUGACAACAAAUAUUGCAGAGUUAAUAAACUUAGUCCUUGGGUUUGCAAGGAUGCUGCCAAUGGUUCAUUUGAUAGGGGAAAUUAUUAAUCUCCUUGUGAAAUGGUUCACCAAACGUCGUGAGUUGGCUUUGAAUUACACAACAACAUUGUGCCCUAAUUUUGGCGAGAAGAAGUUGAGGAAUAGGUUGGAUGAUGCUGCAAGGAUGAAUGUUGUUAAACUAAAUAACGUAAAGUUUAAUGUUUUGGACGGUGAUAUUGACGGCCUCGUAGAUUUGACGAACAACAGUUGUAGUUGUAGAAAGUUUCAGCUUGAGCAGCUACCUUGCAAGCAUGUAGUUGCAGUUUGCCUCUUCUUGAAACUAAAUGUAUACUCCAAGGCUUCUUGGUAUGACACUCAGAAUACCUGGUUGGAUGCUUAUUCAGAUAGCAUCUACCCAGUAUAG